AUGGCAAUCUAUGAAACAAUCCAGGGCGACAUAACACUCUUCCACGCAAUAUGUGCUAUGUACCUUCUCACUAUGCUCGCUAUGGACGCAUUGAAUAUUAUUCUAGAUGCAGCACUCACCCGAUGGCAGGGGAAUAUUAGCAUCAUGCUCUACCUCCUAGCUGUAUUUUACUGGAAUAAACUAUCUAUCGUAAUAACCUCGACCCCGAAGAGAGGAAAUGGACGUUUAGAUAGGUUAUUGCGAUUUUCUUAUUAUGAGGUGGGAUUCGAGGCGUGUUAA